UCACAAACCGUCACCCCCGCUCCCUGUAAAAAGAGGAGUCACCGCAGCGACCACGAGACUAGAACCACGACGCAGUCCAAUAUGGCCGACUCGAAGACAUCAUCGGAACCGAAACGAGAGAUGAAGGUGCUCGCGCUGGGUCUUCCACGCACUGGAUCUGCCUCCAUCGCCGAAGCCCUGGAAAUGCUGGGCUACCAAAAUGUCCACCAUGGAAUGAAGGCCAUCGACAAACUCGACGACUGGAAGGUCAUCAAUCGCGCCGCAGACGCAACAUUCCCCGUUUUGCCGACGUACACUGGGAAGCCAUUUUCCCGCGAAGAGUGGGAUGAGCUUUAUGGUACUUGCGAAGCCGGUACCGACAUGGCAGCUCUGUUUGCAACGCAGCUUGUCAAGGUCUACCCGGAGGCAAAGGUUAUCCUUGUCAUCCGGGACUUUGACAAGUGGUAUGCGAGCUAUAGUGGCAUCUUCGAUCAGGUGUGGAGUUUUCCCGCUGAUCUGGCUGUGAACUACGCCGAGCCGCUCAUCGGAUCCGAGACGGGCCAGGCCGCGAGAAAGGCCAUUUUGGGUUUUUUCGAGGCUAAAAACGUGGACGAGGCGCGAAAGAAUGUCCGUAUGGUAUAUGAUCGACACUACCGAGAGCUGAAGGAGAUGGUGCCACCGGAGAAUUUGCUCGUUUAUCGUAUGGGAGAAGGAUGGGGUCCAAUGUGUGAAUUUUUGGGUAAACCAAUUCCUGAUGCCGAGUUUCCUCGAGUGAAUGAGGGAGCAGAGUUUAGGGCUAGACUAUCGGCAAAGAUCAAGUCACAUAUUGUUGAAGGGUUGAAGGUGGCUAUGCCGUGGUUUGUCGGCGCGGUUGCUGUGGGGGCUGGAGUGACCGUGGUGGCCAAGAGAACCAGGUUGAUCUAG